AAAGCGCGCUACCGGAAGUUUCCUUCCGCGGCUUUGCGGGAGUAGGGGAGCUGCCGGGCCGCCGCUGGGCGCUCUAGUUGCAGAGGCGCUAGGGCUUAGGUGGCAGCUGGAACCGCGGCGGGACCCAGGCGGCGGGACACUGGCCGGGCGCCCACCCGAUCUAGGCCGCUCUUGCCCUCGCGGGCCCCCUCUUCGCCCCGCCCCCACGAGGCACUGAAGUGGCUCCGCCCCCUGCUCUGAGCCUGGUCCCUCCUCUGCCGCUGACCCUUGGCUUCGGAACCGCGCCCCCAUCUCUCAGGCGCGAUGGCUACGGGCGCAGAUGUGAGGGACAUUCUAGAACUCGGGGGUCCAGAGGGGGAUGCAGCCUCCGGGACCAUCAGCAAGAAGGACAUUAUCAAUCCGGACAAGAAAAAGUCCAAGAAAUCCUCGGAGACACUGACCUUCAAGAGGCCGGAGGGCAUGCACCGGGAAGUCUAUGCACUGCUGUACUCUGACAAGAAGGAUGCUCCCCCGCUGCUCCCCAGUGACACUGGUCAAGGCUACCGCACGGUGAAGGCCAAGUUGGGCUCCAAGAAGGUGCGGCCCUGGAAGUGGAUGCCAUUCACCAACCCUGCCCGCAAGGACGGAGCCAUGUUCUUCCACUGGCGACGAGCAGCUGAGGAGGGCAAGGACUACCCCUUCGCCAGGUUCAAUAAGACGGUGCAGGUGCCCGUGUACUCGGAGCAGGAGUACCAGCUCUACCUUCACGACGACGCCUGGACGAAGGCGGAAACCGACCACCUCUUUGACCUCAGCCGCCGCUUCGACCUGCGCUUUGUCGUCAUCCAUGACCGGUACGACCACCAGCAGUUCAAGAAACGCUCUGUGGAGGACCUGAAGGAGCGGUACUACCACAUCUGUGCCAAGCUCGCCAACGUGAGGGCCGUGCCAGGCACAGACCUCAAGAUACCGGUGUUUGAUGCUGGGCACGAGCGACGGCGGAAGGAACAGCUGGAGCGUCUCUAUAAUCGGACCCCGGAGCAGGUGGCGGAGGAGGAGUACCUGCUGCAGGAGCUGCGCAAGAUUGAGGCCCGGAAGAAGGAGCGGGAGAAGCGCAGCCAGGACCUGCAGAAGCUGAUUACGGCAGCGGACACCACUGCUGAGCAGCGGCGGACGGAACGCAAGGCCCCCAAGAAGAAGCUCCCCCAGAAAAAGGAGGCCGAGAAGCCGGCCGUUCCCGAGACCGCAGGCAUCAAGUUUCCAGACUUCAAGUCUGCAGGUGUCACCCUGCGGAGCCAGCGGAUGAAGCUGCCAAGCUCUGUGGGACAGAAGAAGAUCAAGGCCCUGGAACAGAUGCUGCUGGAGCUGGGCGUGGAGCUGAGCCCGACGCCCACGGAGGAGCUGGUGCACAUGUUCAACGAGCUGCGGAGCGACCUGGUGCUGCUCUACGAGCUCAAGCAGGCCUGCGCCAACUGCGAGUACGAGCUCCAGAUGCUGCGGCACCGGCACGAGGCGCUGGCCCGGGCUGGCGUGCUCGGGGGCCCUGCCACGCCGGCCUCGGGCCCGACCCCCACCCCGGCCGAGCCAGUGGUGCCUGAAGCCGGUCUCGGCCCCGACCCCAGCAAGGACAGCAUCAUCGAUGUGGUGGGCGCGCCCCUCACGCCCAACUCGAGGAAGCGACGGGAGUCGGCCUCCAGCUCCUCUUCUGUGAAGAAAGCCAAGAAGCCCUGAGAGGCCACACCGGGUGGGGUGCUGCUGUGUAAAUAGAGCUGCUGAGCCGGA